AUGAUUAAUCAUUCAGCGAUUGACACGAGUAGCGAUGACGAUUGUGCGAGCAACAACCGACGCUGUGAGAAUCCCAAUGGACGCAUUGGCACCUGUGUGGCCAUUCACAAUUGCCAGGUCCUUAUGAACAGUGAUCCGGAAUUUGUGGAGGCUUCUGCGUGUGGUGGUGGCUUUGGAAAAACCCCUUAUGUUUGCUGUUCCAGUGACACAGGCUUUGUGCAGCUGUCACCCAAAACGGCUGUUGUUGAGGAUGUUUUCCAAAGCGACUUUUUUGGUUAUAAUCCCACAACGGAACGUUCCAAACUAUGGCCAGUUUCGUCGUCAUUGUCAUCAUCAUCGGAUUCUAUAUUACCAGAGCCACCAACAUGCGGUGGAGAGUUUAUUGAUAAUCGCAUAUACGGCGGCAAUGACGCGAAUGCUUAUGAAUUUCCAUGGAUGGCAUUUUUGGAAUAUUCAAAUACAGAUCCCUUCAAAGAAUCUGUUUGCGCUGGGUCGCUCAUAACGUCACGGUAUGUGAUAACAGCUGCCCACUGUGUUACAGGACCUAUAUUGUUACAAAAAGGAGCAUUAAUCGGUGUUCGUUUGGGUGUUUUGGAUUAUACGAAAAACUCCAUCUUUGGCGAAGAUAAUCGCAGUUGGCGCAUUGAAAAGAAAAUCAUACACGAAAAUUAUCGCCAACAGAAGACCCCAGUGCACGAUGUCGCCCUAUUGCGUUUGGAUAGUAACGUCCGAUAUUCACAAACAAUACGACCAAUAUGUUUACCCUCGGUUAUGCCAGCAUAUAAUCUUAAGACUGAUACAAAACUCACUGUAGCAGGUUGGGGAGCUACUGAAACGAAGACUAGUAGUCCGAUAAAACAAAAAGUUGCCGUCUCCUUGGCAGAUCAGAAAUUCUGUCGUCAGCAGUAUGGUAAAUUUGGCUUGAGUAUAGAACCCACCCACCUUUGUGCUGGCGGUACGGUACAAUAUCAAGAUAGUUGUCGUGGUGAUUCCGGUGCGCCGUUAAUGCAUUAUCGUAAUGGUGCUUGGGUUCUGGAGGGCAUUGUCUCCUUUGGACGUCGUUGUGGCCUACAGGACUGGCCUGGCGUAUAUGUUCGUGUGGCGCUUUACACAGAUUGGAUUAAAAAGAAACUUAGAAAGUGA